UGUCUCCGCACCGUUGCUCCAAACGCAGUCCGUCAGUCAGUCUGUGUGUGUGUGUGUGUGUGUGUGAACGACUCUCUGUGAAACAAGCGCUUUUUCUCCGCACUUUAAGUGCAACUUGAUCGGAGUUUGCGCUGCGCGUAAAAGCCAUGUCGCUGCUGCAGCAGUUACGCGAUGAAAGCGACUUUGAUCAGCUUCCCAAUGACAUCCCCAUCAGUGCCACCAUCGCCGACAUCGAGGAGAAGAGGGGCUUCAUCGACUACUUUAAAUUCGCAAUUGAGGUGAAGACUCGAGGAGGCAGCAAGUAUCUGAUCUACAGGAGGUACCGAGAGUUCCUGAGCCUCCACCAGAUCCUCGACUCCAAAUACACACCUGAGGAUUCAGAGAAACAUGGUCCUAACACCUGCAUCCUGCCUUCUCUCCCAGGAAAAGUCUUCAUUGGAAACAAGAAGGAAAUUGCAGAGAGCAGAAUCCCUGAACUCAACGUGUACAUGAAGAGGUUGCUCAGUCUGCCGACAUGGUUCCUGCUCGAUGAGGAUCUCAGGAUUUUCUUCUACCAGACGGAUCAGGACAGCCAGCACCAACCACAGGCCCUCAGGCGUCUACGGCCCCAAACGCGCAAAGUGAAGACGGUCAAACCUAAGAUGGACCUCUUCUCCUCCCCAAGGGCAGAGGCGAUGUUUGACUUUCGUGGCAAUGGCAAGGCAGAGUUGAACCUGAAGAGGGGAGAGGUGAUCUUUCUGCUGCGACGAGUCAACACGGACUGGCUGGAGGGCACAGCGAACAACCAGACGGGUAUUUUCCCACAGUCCUUUGUGAAGAUCAUAAAGCCCCUCCCAGAGAGUGAUUCAGAGGGUGAAGUUGGAGCUCUCACUUACAGCUGCUUGCGCUGCCUCUUGCUCACUCCCUCAGGAGUCGACACCAGAGAUGUGUGCGUACAAGAGGACAUCACCAUCCAGCCGACAUACAGCGACCUACUGUGUCAUAUGAGACAGGUUUUCCAGGAGGACGACAUUGCUCUGAACUACCGCGACCCCGAGGGCGACCUGAUCCGCAUCCUCGAUGACGAGGACGUCCAGCUGAUGAUCAAGGAGAGCCGACGUCGCGACGGCAAAGUCAAGAGACCCGUCAAUCAAUAUCCAUGGGAAGUGCACGUGACCAGGGCGUCUGAUCUCUCUGUUUACAACACCGAGGGCUGAGAAACAUGCGCAGUUUAAUGGCAUGGAAGAAGUAUUUAGUUUUCCUUUAUAUGGAGAUAUUGCACCGUUGGAGUUAAUGGUCGCUGCAUCUCAGAUUUUACCACAACUACAUUUUGUCUGUUUUUUUUUUUUACCUCUUUAUGUGCUUUUGGAAGCUAUCACUCUCAGUUGCUGUGACACUGAAGAGGCAGAGCACUGGGGAGUAAACCUUCCACAUAGUUUGCAGAACAGCAGGAGUACAGAAAAUGGUAACUUUUUUAAUAGUCAAUGAAGAGGUGUGCUGACUCCUGAAGUUACGACUACACUUACACUAUUCUCGGCACAUAAAUAUGAAAACAAUGUCAACUUCUCAAAGCUCAUUACUAUAUUUCUCCAUUAUCUGAGUUCCUUCAAUGUUAAGUAUUUCAGUGUGGUCAUAUUUUGCACCGUAACACAUGUUAUUACUGCAUUGCCCUGUGCUGCCCUUUGCCCAAAGUACACACAAAAGCCUUAUUUUAAGGCUACAAAAACCAUGGGUUAUACACUCAUGCAAACAUACUUAUAUGUUUCAAUUUUUACCAAUACACCUUCCUAAAUGUUAUACAUAGGAUUUAUAACAUUAAUGUAUGUUUGUUCCAGUCCUUUAAAUGUGAGGAUUAAUUAAAGGAGAGUAACACAAAAUACAAAAAUUAAGUGAGUCUUUCAUGCUUCUUCGGGGUGGCAGGUAUUUAAUUGCCAGUUAGGGGAUAGAUCAAAGUUAUUUUUAGACCACAACAACCUUUUCUUUUGUAACAGUAUCCUAAAAUACAGAUGGAAUCCCUUGACACAUAUUGGUGUAAAUGGUGUUUUGUUCAGGUGUUGAUAGAUUUUUGAUGAUCAGCUGAUCCUGUGAAGCCCAGCACACUUACGACCUGGCACCUGUGUGCUUACAGGUCACUAUACUACUCCAUCAAUCAAUCAAUCCAAUAUUAUAUGUAUUCAAGGUACUUAUUUUAAUGUAAUGAGUAACCUAAGGCAUUAGAUCUGCAACUGACUAUGUGC